AUGGUUCGAGCAAAAAACACGACCUACUCUCGUAUGAGAGCGAUGCGGACAGGCCCGUCCGUCCAAAGCGCAGUCGUCAUAGUGGAACAAGUGGAGCCUGUACGUCUUCUAAAAUGAUAAUUCUUGGAAAGACUUUUUCAGCUGUUCCACUCUAGGCUGGAAUCUCUUCAUCAGAUUAGCGACUUUGGAGCUCCUGAAAAGAAAAACAAGCGUAGGCGAAAAGCUGAACCAGUCAGAAACAUCGAAGAGUCCGAAUCUUCCGCGUUUGAAGUCUCUGGCGAGGAAAGCGACAAGUCUUCAGACGAAGAAGAUGUCCCAGACGUUAUCAAACAGCAGCGCGAAAUUCAAAACAUAAAUAAGGAGGUAUCGGCUUUUUUCAAAUUCUCAAUUUUAUUUUUUUGGAAAUGUUUACCACAAUAUUAUUUUUAUAAAUAUGUACUUGAUAAAAUAGUUUUGAGGUUGAAGAAGUGGAAGAUUUUUCGCUCGUCAUAAUGAAAGGCGAUGUUCGGGUUCAACUGUGGGAAGGAGGCGAGCGAGUUCAUCCAAAUCAACCUGUAGAAAGGAUUCCCGAAGUUCAAACACCUGAAAAGGAAAAGAAGAAGUCCAAGCGUAAGACCCAGAAAAAUGGUAUUUAGAAAACUUUUCAUUCAAACUGAAAUUUCUAGUUACAGUAGAGUCUGCAUUACCCAGCUCACCAUUGUCGAAGUUCAGGCAGUCGAUUUUUUUGGCACGGCUAAAUAGAGGUUUUUCUAUCGUCUUGUUAUCAAUUCUCAUGAUUUUGCGAACUUUUGUUUGUCUGUUCUCAGAAUAUCUAUAACUUUAAGCAUGAGUCGGGAAUUUUCAGAGUCGGUGGCUCCAGCAAGAAGUUUUUUGGUUUUUGAAGGCAGUAAUAAAUCUCGCAUUGUUGGUGAAACAGAAGUUUUUUCCCCUUUGAAAUUUUCUUCAAAAGUUUUUCCACCGGAAGGUUUUGGUUUAAAAAAGAGCUAUAUGAAUCGAUUAAUUAUUUACAGUUUCCAAUGACAUGGUCACUAUUGACGAUAAAGUUACGACUGCUACCGAAAAAAAUGGUUUUGUCUUCAUUUUUAACCAAGAAAUAGUCGAUAAUAUUUUAAGACACUCAACUCGCUCCUGUCGAAAACAACACAAGUUUUGCACCGAAAAAGAAGACUUUCCUAGCAAACUUCAUGGAAACCUGCUCAUUUUCGGAAGUUUUCGGGGAAAAUGACAAUUUUAUCGCCAGCACACCAAAAACAAGCAAACUGUCGAGCCAGGUUUGUACAAAAAACAAAUAUAUUCAUUGAUUUGGUCAAGUUUCUGCCAUAUCAAAGUAUUCUAUCUCCAAUUGAUAAGCCGUCUUUCGUCGAUUCUCCGGUGGCCGUUUUCGACAAGAAUCGAGGAAUCCCGCGGGAGUCCCAGGGCCGUUCUCGUUGCGCUGAGAGCUCGAUCAGCGACUUAUUUCAUUCCGAAAACGUCGGUCAAGGGAAUAAGAGAUCCACUUCCAAACGGCGACGGACUGGCUCCGACGAUUUAGGUUUUCGUUCAUUCGAAAAGCUUGAGUGAAAGUUGAGCUGAUUUUUAUCUUUUUUAGUUUAAAAGAAAUCUUUUCACUCUUGUUGAACUGAACCACUACAGUGUUUGAACAAAAAUCUGCUUUCCUCAAUUCCGAUGGCUUCUCAAAACCAAAUAUAGAUUUUGAUAAUUUCACCGUACAAAAAUGUACUUGUUCCAGAAGUAUUCACAGCGAUUGAGAAUAUUUCAACGCUACCAAGCUCAAACGAAGAAAGCAGCUCCAAGAAGGAGACUGAAAAAGAAUCAAAGUCCAUCGAGGAAACCACUAAAGGAGAAAAAAUAACCUAUCCAAGCGUUUGUUCCUUUGAGCCAGGUUCCUCUUCCGAGUCCAGUUUCCAUAUGAAUAUUUUGCGCAGAAACCACCUGCAAAACUCGGAAUGCGACUUUGGAAAGUCUUCUGCAGGACGUUUCCUUGGACGAUUUCCUCCGCAGCGAAAAGUGGAAAGAAGUCGACGUGGAUCGGUCUCAGUUCAAGGAGAUCACCCUAGGAGCCUGUCAGUCUUGGUUUUCUGUGAAAUAACUUUUAUGUUACUUUUGAAGGCAAUGAAACUGUAAUCACCAUCAAUGAUACGAAUUUGGUGAUUCCUCGGAGGAAAAGGGAGUCCUCGAUGAUGAGCGUCAACUCUGAUGUAAGUCGUCCUUGGCUAUGGUGAUCAUCUCCAGGCCUUUUCCAGAUGGGAACUAGAGCUGCGACGGCGAUGAGCAUCCUUGUCGACGAGAACGAAGGAUUGGUUCGUUUCUAUGUACCUUGACGUAGUCGGCCGUUGCGUCAGACUUGGAUUUAUAAUACAUUGCGAAUAUCACGAUGUUAUGGGUUGAAAAAUGAGGCUAAUUGGGUCUUUUAGGAAAUAGCUACUUUGUAACUAAAGAACACGGUAAACGAAUAGUAAAGCCGCUUUUUUCAGCCUUUCUACUUGGCCGAUAUGUCGUUGACUGCGCCAGAAACGUCUAUAGCGCGACUUCUCCACGUCAUCGGCCAGAAGACGGUCCUCAAAUGGUCCGAACUCCCGAAGGACGUCUUCAAGAAGCCGCUGAAACUCGGAGAAGGCACCUAUGGAGAAGUCUUCGGCACAACCUUCAACAAGGAGCCGAUCGCGUUGAAGGCCAGUCAGACGAAGAAUAUCCUGUCAAGGAAGUCACUUCAGAUCGUUCCGAUCGAGGAGGAUUCUGAGAAUCGUGGUUUUGACGGACGUGUCAAUGGGGAAUACCUUCCAGACGCUCACACCAUUCUGCCCGAGGUGUGGCUUGCUGCUGAAAUUGAUUUGUACAGGACCAUUUUUUCGCGUUUUUUGACUCCUUUUCUGAACAUGCUCCGAUAAUUUCGACACCUUUCUUCGUAUUAGAAAGAAAUUCUCAAUCAGUCACUUCCUCUUCUUUAAGAAAUAUUUUUUUCGUGUUUUUUUUUUACCUUCUUUUAGUAACACUGUCUUAAAACAGUUGAAAAGGUGCUAGGAAGUGAUCCUAUUCAUUUUUCGUAAAUCAAAAUGGAUCUUUCGCCAAAUUUCCUUUCAUUACUCUUUUUCAUGUUUGAAUUCUUCCAUGGGUAACUAAUCUAGAAGCUCUUUGGAAAAAUGUUCCGACAUUGAGCUUUCUCAGGUCAUUGCUUCUCGAGAGCUCUCAAAACUGAAUGAUUUAUCGGCCGACCAUUCGACGCCAAACUUCAUCACCCUUACUGCCAUCAACGUGGUAAAAGGUUCGAAAUGUCGGCUCGAACCGGUUCGAAAGCAGGAGCUUAGGAGUGUACCCACCGGCGCUGCUCAAGGCGUGGGAUACGUUCGCCAAGAAAGAAGGCACCUUGAACGACCGGCCGACGGAAUACACGACGGCAGAGCAGCGCUUCAUCACCUUCGCCUACGCCAACGGCGGCCGGGACUUGGAGAAAACUCAGGUAAAAAGAAAAGAAAUAACUUUGACUUAAAAUCACUCUGGGAAGUGCAGAUUUCGAUUAGUUGUAAAGAGGAGCUGGCUGAUAAAAAUAUAGAGAAAAGUUGUGAGGAAAGGUAUAUUAUUAAAUUAAAGUUUUUCAACCAAAAAUUAAGAGAAUUUUUUUUUAAAAAUUGCGCUGGGCUGUUUUUUUGUGAUGUAUCUUAACGCAUUUUGAAUUCUGGAAAAGAUUUUGAGGAAAAUAUGAAAAUGGAAUAGAAAUUUUUUUGAAGUCUAAAUUACCGUAAGUCAGCCGGUUAAUAAUGCAUUUUUGAGCUGAAAAACGAGGCUCAAAUGUUCUCCGUGCUGGUCCAGCUCUGUCUGGCGCUGUCUGUCGCCGAAAAACAGCUGGAGUUCGAGCAUAGAGACCUCCAUCUCGGAAAUGUGCUCGUGCAGGAGUACAAUGAGGACUUGAUGUGAGUCCGAUUUUUCCUUUCUGAGCGUUUAGAACUCCUUUGUUUUCAGGUACCGCUACAACAUGAAUAAUAUUGUUGUUAAAAGUCAUGGAGUCAAGACCAACAUCAUCGACUUCACUUUGAGCCGAAUGAGAAAAAGUAAUCACAAUUAACAUUCUCGAAAAUUUAUCAAAUCUGACUUUGGGUGGCGCGAGAGUAUAUAGGAAUUUGGAGAACGACGAGGAAAUUUUCGAAGGCCAGGGGGACUAUCAAUACGACAUUUACCGGAUGAUGAAGCAGGAGAACGGGUAGAACUUUUCAUUUUGUUUGUUCUGGGAAGAGAAUGUUCUGCAGGAAUAAUUGGGUCGAAUUCCAUCCCAAGACCAAUUGCUUCUGGAUCCAUUUUCUUGCAACGAAAAUGCUCCAGGCACCCAUUUGCCCCAAGUCAGUGAAAAAGAAGCGCAAGCAGGUCAGUUGUUCUGAAAAUGAGUCGUUUGAAAUUUGUGACGAUUUCUUUUAUUGUCUCAUUUUUUCGAAAUAAGUUGAAAGCUGAUGGUGAAAAAAACUAAAAAACAACCAUUUAUCAAAGAUUCAUAACUGUCAGUGAAAAGCAACACUUUGAAGGAGUUGGAGAAAUUGUUCGCCUCGUUCCUGAAGUUCGAAAGUCUGGAAGACAGCCUCAUGGACAGCGAUUUCUACAACGCUUUCUACAGUGGAUACGUCGAAGUUAUCGGCGUCGAUUAG